UUUUUUGUGUACGUUGGCCGAACGUUUGGCCUUAAGACGCCAGAGCCUCGCCCCUCGAGUAUGCUAACGUUAGCCGUUAGCAGUCGACGGUCCCAUGCGACACGCGACUGUAGUCGUAAUGGAGGCUGACAGGGCCUCUGUAUUUGUAAACACUACCUCAUAUUACACAUACUUCACCCAUUUAUAACAUUACCAGCACACUACAAAUACCACUCGCGCCUACUUUAAUAGCAUAUUAUGGAUACUUUCCUAUUCAUAACCUCCAUACAACAAUAAAUACUUUUAAAUCCUUCGAUCAAAGUGGUUGACCAUGAUUAUCGUUCGACAGAUGUAUUUCCUAUUCGUAAACAUCGCAGUAUGGACGCGUAAACUACUUAAUGCAUUGGAUUUAACAAGUCUACACACCCCUGUUCAAAUGCCAGGUUUUUGUAAAUGAGACCAAGAGAAAUCGCUGAAAGAUUUUCCACCAUAAUUGUGACCUAUAACCUGUCCAUAUCAAUAAAAGAAAUCUUUUCGAGAGAGGAAUUAAAACAGUAAUAAAGAUACUAACUAAGUGUGUGCAUCCUUUAAAAACUGGGCACGUUAGUGACAUCCUCUCUCCUUGUCUUUUGAUAUAUUUCUUUUUCUGUCACUGUGCUAUAUUAUUUUUCUACUUGUCAAUACCUUCAGACAUUUGGUUGUCUUGUUCUGUCUAAUUUGUGAUUUGUGGUGUAAAUGUAUGUGAUUGUGGUACUCGAGCUCUAAUGCACCUUCAUUUUAAUGGAUAUAUUAUGUUCACCUGUAACAAAACUCCACACAUCUGAGAGAUAACUUGUUGUAACUUGUUGCCCUUUUCUGUACCAUCUCGUAAAUGAAAAAAAUCUAUAAAAUUAUUUGAUUAAAAAAAAAAAAGGUCGGCAGCAAUGUUCAGAUUUAAACAAUCGCAUUCCAGGCCAUGUCCACGUGGAAAUGGAGCCAAUCUAUUUCUUUUUUUUGUUUUUUUAAGUUUCCUGAAGUGGCACUGUAUAGCUGCCACAGGAAGUCACCAAAAACAGAAAAUAAGAAAUAAGAUUGUCGAAUAUAAACAUACAACAAUGACAGGGAAUGCGAAGCAAGCAAGAAAAGAGACAUUUAUGUGGACCUAGGGCGAGGUUCAACUUCUUCGGAACAAAAUCCUAGGUCACUGCCAAGCUCACCUCUCUUUUCAAAGAGACAAUGUCCAAGGGUGGAGCAGACGACAUGAUAGAGAUCGAGAUUGACGAACGGGAAAAACAAGCGUGCUUGGAGGAGGGCAUGGAGGAACAGACCAUCAUGGCGUCGGAUCUGAUCCAGCAAGACAUUGACAUCAACGAGCCGGUGGGCAAUUUGAAGAAGCUGUUGGAGCCUCGCCUCCAAAUCUCACUGGAUUCAUAUGAAAUAUGCUUACAGGACAUUCAGUUGCACCCCGAUCACAGCCUCUUCGAUCAAGGCGUCAAAACAGAUGGAACGGUGCAGCUCAGCCUGCAGCUUGUCACCAAACCAGGCGAGGAGAAGUUGAACAUCUUGGAGAUCGUGAAGCCCGUGGAGACGGUGGAGGUGGUGAUCGACCCGGACGCGGCGGGGGAGGAAGGCUCGCUGGUGGAGGAGGGCCAGCUCAUCGCCGUGGAGCGGUCCGGGCUGUCCGACGAGACCUCGGAGCAGGUGACGCGCUGGGCUGCUGCGCUGGAAGGGUAUCGCAAGGAGCAAGUCCGACUCGGCAUACCAUAUGACCCUGUCCUGUGGACGGCCGACCAGGCGAUCCACUGGGCCGUGUGGGUGAUGAAGGAAUUCAACAUUGACGAGAUGGAAAUCGGGAGCAUUCACAUCCCCGGUCGAAAUCUCUGCGCGUUCAGCCAAGAAGAGUUCCUCCAGAAAGUGCCCAAUGGAGAAAUCCUCUGGAGCCACCUCGAGCUCCUACGCAAAUAUGUUUUGGCAAGCCAGGACCCGUCCGGAGGGGACGCCACAGUGACCAUUGAUCAGCCUGUGCAGAUAAUCCCGGCUCAAGUCAGCACGCCCACGGCCAUUAAGGUGUUGAAACAGAACCGGGGACCCCGAGCGCCCCGCAUCUCGGGAGAAGAGCGCAGCUCGCCCGGGAACCGCACGGGCAACAACGGUCAGAUCCAGCUGUGGCAGUUCCUGCUGGAGCUGCUGACGGACAAAGACGCAAGGGACUGCAUCUCCUGGGUGGGCGAGGAGGGCGAGUUCAAGCUCAACCAGCCCGAGCUCGUGGCACAAAAGUGGGGCCAGCGCAAGAACAAGCCCACCAUGAACUACGAGAAACUCAGCCGAGCACUCAGGGGCCGCGGGCGUGCCGGAGCCUUCCUCCCAGCAAUCUUCGGGCGAGAGGCGGGGUACGCCCUGAACCGGUCGCCAGCCAAUCGCAGGGCACACAGAAGCAAACAACCAUUCGCACUCACAUCCACACCUACGGGCAAUUUAGAGUCUCCAAUUCAUGCAUGUUUUUGGGAUGUGGGAGGAAACCGGAGUGCCCGGAAAAAAACCCACGCAGGCACGGGGAGACAGUGGGGGGCGGGAUUUGAACCCCGGUCCUUAGAACUGUGAGGCAGAUGUGCUAACCAGUCGA